UUGAUGUGUUUGUUAUUGUUUACUUUAGGGAACCCUGACCUGCUGACUGUUUAUCAUAGAUAUUACUCACAACAACAACAAAGCCUCAGCAUGGAGCUGUGAGUAAUGAGCAUCAGAAAAGCCCAGUGAGCGACAGCAGGGAGGGGAGGUACACCUGACCCCUGCUGUGGGCCCUCCUCACUGGGACCGGACCCCUGCUGUGGGCCCUCCUCACUGGGACCUGACCCCUGCUGUGGGCCCUCCUCACUGGACCUGACCCCUGCUGUGGGCCCUCCUCACUGGGACCGGACCCCUGCUGUAUGCAGUUAAGCUCGUCUCCUGCUCCUGUCCAUUGUGCUGUGAUUGGUCAACAGCUCAGAGAUGUGCUGCCCCUCAGCCUAUCAUGUACAAUGUGUCGAAGCGCUAGCCAAUCGGAGCGCGGAGGCUCGGCUCGCAGCAAAGAGAGCAGCGAGAGCUGAAGCGCGAGAAAUCAGGAUGAAGGAGCUGGAGAGACAACAGAAAGAGGAGGACAGUGAGCGUUACUCCCGUCCGUCACGGAGACACACCUCGAUGUCUGACGAUGAGGAGAAGAUGUCUGUGGGGAGUCGAGGCAGCCUCCGGCCGUCAGAGUACAGUGGGGGGUUUCUGGGUUCUGGGUCUCGCUGCUCCUCCAGAGCCAGUUCAGCUCGAGCCAGCCCAGUGGUGGAGGAGAGACCGGACAGAGACUUCCUGGAGAAGGGCCCCCGUACAGCCUCCACUCUAUCAGCAGCCACGCUGGCGUCUGGCAGAGCCUCGCCCCGCAGAGGGAGCUGUGACACCUCCGUCUCCAUGGAAACAGAGGCCUCCAUCAGGGACAUCAAAGACUCCCUUCUGGAGGUGGAGGAGCGCUAUAGGAAGGCUAUGGUCUCUAACGCUCAGCUCCACAACCAGAAAACCUCCAUGAUGUUUCAGCUGGAGAACCUGAAGGAGGAGCUUGGCGACCUGGAGGAGGAGCUGUGGGAGGAGAGGAGGAGGAGGGAGGACAACAACAAGGAGGUUUCAGAGCUGCGUUCGAGGAGCAGUUCUUACAGUCAGGAGGUGUCUGACCUGCAGGAGAUGCUGCAGUGGAAGGACCAGAAGAUAUCGGCGUUAGAGAGACAGAUAGAAACCUCUAACACUGUUCGUAUGGGACGCGACCGCCUCAGAGACAACGUCGUCCAGCAGCGAGAUUUACUGAAGAAACACGGAGUGGUCGUUUGUCCGGAGCUCCCAACCAAUGGCGAGAAGGGACAGGAGGACGAUGUCAGCGCAGAUUCUGCCUCCCGAUUGGCUGAGGAGCCGUCACACUGCGGCAGAGAGAGCAUGCUGGGGAGAGAUGGAAAGCCAGGAGAAGUAACCGACAGGAAGUACAACCGGAGUCAGGUUGUCAAACGCUCCCGUUCUCUGGCCAGAUGCGUUGAUGAAGAUUUGACCAUUGAAAGAACCAAACCCUCAAACCGAGACGUCUUCAUGCUCGAAAUGGAGCGCUCCUUUGACGAUGAAAUCUCUGAAUCAGCCAAAUCUUAUCUGGGAGGAAGUCAGGUGUGUGUUAGUAUAGCCUCACCUGAAGCUGUCGUCCAAUCAUCCACAGUUUCAGUCCUCUGGAUUACUCAAGAGAAACCCGUGCCGGGAUAUCCAUCCUCAGAUAGGGAUCUUCAGCCAGAUCCUUCAACUGCUGUCGAGUGUCUUUUCCAGCAGAGAGAGAACGAUGGGAACAAGAACCAGGACGUAAGAUGUUCAGAACAGGAGGUAGUACCUGAUAGAAAAGAGUUUGGUGCAGAAGAAUGUGAAAUAAAAGAGUUCUGUACUCCCACCUUUGGGGACCGGUCCAGAGAAAAUGAAUCAGCUGGUGGUGACGGACCUCGGUUCGAAGACGGAGAUCCUGAAGCCCUCACAAAUCUUAUAGUCGAAGAUGAGUUUGUCUUAACUUCCCAAAGUCCUGUAAACCGAAAACAAUCUGCAGGGAGUUUGGGAAGCAGAGAAACCGCCCUAAAGGACGAGCAGGAUUUAAGCUGCCCUGCUGUAUCUGCAGGUCCAAGCCUGGACCACCACUCAUCAGAUCGUGAUGCGUUUCCAGCAGCAGAGGAGGCACCCGCUGGGGGGAAGUAUGGUACAGCUGAGGAACCAAAGGACAGGGGGUUUAAUGAAGGCGCUCCCUCUGACAGUCUGAAGUCACCCACCCAGAUGUGGAGGGACUGGAACUGUUUGGAGAACAUGAUUCACAGCAUGCUGAGCUGCUUUGUGGAGCAAAAUCCCGGCUUUGCAGCUGAAAUCUCCAGGAUUUUCCCAGAAAUCCCAGAGUCUCUGGAUCGGUGGAUUUCAGAUUUCGAGGAGAUGGUGAAGAUCGUUGCAGAAAAUGUCUCAGAGCAGCGUGAUGUGGUGGACCAAGAACCAAGCAGACCGAUGACAGGAGGAAGUGAAACAACAGAAGAUCCUGAAGCUGCUGCUGGACUUCAGGAGAUUUUAAAAGAGUCUGGGCUGUUGGGGGGUCAUCCUGAAGCCCUUGAUGUCUCUGUGGACUCAAAGAAGAUCUAUGAAGAAGACCAGGAUCGUCCUGACCUGGAAUCCCCUCAGAACACCUCAGGGAGUAAACCCAGCAUUUCUACUUCCGCUCUGGACGUCUCUGAAUCCUCCCCGGAAGUACCCGCCUCUGAAGAUCUCAUGGUUGAGACUGAGAAGCCCUGGACCCCCAGCCCUGUAAACUCCUUCAGGAGGAUCUUAGAGAUCACAGCAGAGGAAAUCAGGGCGAUGGCGCUGCCUGAGCUGCUGCUGCUGAGCCUGCAGGACGGGAUGGUGGAGAGUCUCAACGAGGCGAGACCCACCGAGGACCCGGAGGACCGAGGCAUGGACAGCUGUGAGGAGGUGGACGAGGAGGCGGUGUGUUUCAGAGCUGCAGGUAGAGAUCAUAAGAGAUGUCUGUGUUUCAGAGCUGCAGGUAGAGAUCAUAAGAGAUGUCUGUGUUUCAGAGCUGCAGGUAGAGAUCAUAAGAGAUGUCUGUGUUUCAGAGCUGCAGGUAGAGAUCAUAAGAGAUGUCUGUGUUUCAGAGCUGCAGGUAGAGAUCAUAAGAGAUGUCUGUGUUUCAGAGCUGCAGGUAGAGAUCAUAAGAGAUGUGUCUGUGUUUCAGAGCUGCACCUGAAGAGGCUGGUUGAGGAGAGGGAGAACUUCCAGGAUCAGGUGCGUCUGCUGAAGUCCGAGCUAGACCAGAAGAACAGGACGGGUUCUGAUCCUGAGGGGGGGGGUCUGCAGAACGGCCUUGACCCCCAGCUGCUGGACCUCCAGCGAGAUGCUAACCGGCAGAUCAGUGACCUGAAGUUCAAGCUGGUGAAAUCUGAACAGGAAGUGACCACUCUGGAGCAAAACGUGAUCCGUCUGGAUGGGCAGGUGUCUCGCUACAAGGCAGCGUCAGAAAACGCAGAAAAGAUCGAAGACGAGCUGAAGGUGGAGAAGAGGAAACUGCAAAGAGAGCUGCGCUGUGCUCUGGAUCGACUGGACGAGCUGGAGGUCAGUAACUCCCACCUCCUCAAACGCCUCGACAAGAUGAAGGCGGCUCGCAGCGCCCUGCUCACCCAGCAGUGACCCCCCCACCCCCUGUUACUGAGGAGAGGACCCCCCCAUCCUCAGAGAGGACCCCCCCUUUGAUCAGAGGACCCCCCAUCCUCAGAGAGGAGCCCUCCAUCAUCAGAGAGGAGCCCCCUUUGAACAGAGGACCCCCCAUCCUCAGAGUGGAGCCCUCCAUCCUCAGAGAGGAGCCCCCUUUGAACAGAGGACCCCCCCCAUCCUCAGAGAGGACGCCUCCCAUCCUCAGAGAGGACCCCCCAUCCUCAGAAAGCGCCUGUUCUGCUCAGCAUGCAGCAGCAGGCGGGUGGAGUUAACCUGAGACUGAUCAUCGUGAAUCCCUCCUGACAGGGUAAUCUCCCUCCGCCUGUCCUCCGGGUGUUUGAAACAAACACCCUCUCUCAGCACUUCCUGUUUCCUUCAGAAUAAGAGACUGUUUACCUUUAUUCUGGUGGAUUGGUUCUUUAUACUGGGGGCUCUGGUUUCCUGUGUUUUAGGGGGGGGGGGGCGGGGUUAUGGUGCAGAUUUUGGAAGAAGGGAUAUACUGGCAGUAAUGCUGGAAUUUCAAAAUAAAAGCCCUGAUCUAGAGACCCUAAAGUUCUGGAGCAGAAGAGGAGAUAAUGAGGUGUUCGAGGACCAGUUGGUUUUUAUCAGAUUUAUUUUCAUUUGGUGUUCGGGAAUUAUGGGUAAGAACACUGGAACUUCAAAAUAAAAGCCUGGCUCUGGAGCAGAAAAGGAGAUAUAUUUUCUGGUGACGGAGAAACUGUUUUCUGUGAGACGUUUGAGGACCUGACAGGGACAACUGGACCUGAAGACAAAUCUGCAAAAUGUGAAUAAACCACUUCCUGUUUCCUGCUGGAAUGACCCUGCAGGCCCCCCACACUUUAACUCUUUUGUUUUAUUUUGGCGGGUUCAGGUGACGGAGUGUUUGCUCUGAUUGUGUCUGUAAAUAAUAAUCAUCACGAAGAAUUCAAACCAGAAAAUAAUAUUCAGGUGUUAUUCUUUAACCUUUUAAGGUUACACAUCUGUGCCCGAACAUCUGGAAUAUUCUUUCUAAUCAACCGAGACUUUUUAUAAAUAUCUACUGAACAUAAGUCUGUUUAUAUUUAACCUGCUGUGAGAUGUAUUCACACCUUUUUCAGCUGAAAAAUAGGAAAUAUUCACUCAGAUUUUACUCAAAAUACAUUUGUUAAAAUGUAAUCAAUGAUUCAGAAAGACACAUCAUUAUUCAUUCAGAAUUUCAGACAAAAUAUCUGUAAGAAAGUUAAUGUUCGGAAGCAGGUGUGUUAAAGCAAUCAUUCCCGUAUUGGAUUCACUCUGAAUAUAAAUAUCAUGUGUAAUAAUGAGGUGUUAAUAUUGUGUCAAUACGGUGUUGAUCAUACUGCAAUAACUUUCUGUGUGAAUGUACCACUUCUUCCUCUGGCACAGGCCAGGUGCUUUUAUUUUGACGGGGUGUCAGCACUGUGCAAUAUUUGGCAGAAAAUACAACAUAAUAUUUAAUAAAUCAACACUAUAUAUCAGUGAUAUUCCACCAGUAAUAUUAAAUAUGGGUUAUAUAAUAUCAAUAUUAAUAUCAGUAACGGAGUUUAGCUGGGUUUGAAAAUAAUAAACCCGGUAAAAAUCUCA